AUGCCAGGUCCGUCGCGAUUACAUCAAGGUGGUUCAGAGUUUGCGAGCCCAAUCACCGGGCAUAAUGUCGACUUAGGCAACAAGUCGCUGACCCGCAGGGACACAGCUCAGACGAUAAAUCACCACAACUAUUAUGGACACUCUACCGCCCCCUUGGAAGAUCAGAGAGAUGAGCAACGCGGAGAGAAGCGAAAAUAUACCGAUGAUCAAGGUUCUAAUCCACCACUUGAAACCCUACUCAAAUCUUUAAGAUUCAUUCAAAUCGAUGCCCGACAUGACAAUAUCAAGAAAGCUCAUGCAAAAACAUGUAAAUGGAUCCUCAAGAGAGCGGAGUACCUCGACUGGCUGAAUCCCAACAAGGUCGAUGAACAUCAUGGCUUUUUGUGGAUCAAAGGAAAGCCUGGGGCAGGGAAGUCCACUUUGAUGAAGUUUAUUCUCGGCAAUGCCCGCAGAAGAAUGAAAGACAAAUUCAUCAUCUCUUUCUUCUUCAAUGCACGAGGAGAACAGUUAGAGAAGUCCACCACUGGCAUGUACAGGUCACUAUUACUUCAAAUGCUACAACAACUUCCAAGGCUCCAUAGUGUGCUCGAUCCUGGGUUGGUCUUAGGGAUCGGCGAGAAUCACGAUUGGAGUGUUGAGGCACUGAGAACACUGUUUGAGCAGACUGUAGAGGGCCUUGGGAACUCUUCUGUGGUUAUGUUCAUUGACGCUCUGGAUGAAUGUAAUGAGUCAGACAUUCGCGCAAUGGUGUCAUCCUUUAAGAGUUUAGGAAGCUUGAGCGUGGCUGAAGGAGUCAGUUUCCAGGUAUGCUUGGCGAGCAGACACUAUCCUCACAUUACGAUGCCAAAGAAAGUUGAGCUAGUUCUUGAGGGACAAGAGGGACAUGAGCAGGACAUUAUUUCUUAUCUUGACAGUGAGUUGGAGAUUGGAGACAGCAAGCUCGCCAACGAAGUUCGUUCGCAGAUCAAAGAAAAAGCGUCAGGUGUGUUUAUGUGGGCUGUUCUUGUAUCUGGCAUUCUGCAACAGAAGUACGAUCAAGGGCGCAUCCACACUUUGAAGCAAACACUUCGGGAGAUACCAGGGGACCUGCACGAGCUAUUUCGAGAUAUUCUUACUCGAGAUGAUGCAAACAAGGAUGAAUUGCUGUUAUGCAUUCAAUGGGUUCUCUUCGCAAGACACCCACUAAAGCCAGAGCAGCUUUAUUUUGCCAUUCGCUCACACAUUGAAUGCGCCACUUGCAAGUGGGAUCGAGAUGAAAUACCGGAAGAUGCCAUUGGCAACUUCAUUCUAAGCUCCUCGAAAGGCCUUGCUGAAGUCACAAGGGUGAAACAGGAUCCAACAGUCCAGUUCAUACACGAGUCAGUCAGAGAUUUCCUUCUUAAGGACAACGGCCUCAGGGUUAUCCUGAUGGAGGCGAGUGGCAAUCUGGGUGCAGAGAGUCACGAUCAGUUGAAGAAGUGUUGCUUUGAGUAUACGAAAUUUUACACGACAGAGCAUGGUGCACUAGCAAACGACUCCAAAGAGCAGCUUGUGGAUGCUCGUGGUACAGCAGACGACGAGUUUCCAUUUCUCAAAUAUGCUGUACAGAAUGUCCUUUAUCAUGCAAAUGCGGCAGAAGAGGGGAAUAUCAGCCAGGCCAGAUUCCUUGAAAUUUUUCCACUUGGAGAAUGGAUUCAGUACAAUAAUGUCUUCCAGGACAAGGAAGUGCGCCGGCAUACUAGCGAAGCCAGCCUUUUAUACCUCUUGGCCGAAUACAACUUUGGGAGCCUUAUCGAGGGGAUUCAAGGGAGCCAGUCCUGCUUUGACAUCGAAGGUGAGCGCUAUGGCGCUCCUAUCCUCGCAGCAAUGGCUACGGGCAGUCGACUGACAGUCUGGAAGCUGCUCAAAAGGGAGACACGCGAUGAGCCGGCAACGUCACUUUUACACUCUUUGUGCAACGAGUACGACGUGGAACAGAAAAGGAAGUCUCGCAUUGGGCGUGACUUUAAAUUUAAACCAAAACGGAGUCUUCUUUACUAUAUCCUACAUGAUGAAGACCUUGUUGUGGCGUCAUUUGCUAUCACUUCCUCCAAAGCCUAUACAAAUAUAGAUUUCAGAACUCAUCGUGGAGAGACAGCAUUCUCAGUUGCCAAUCAGCAAGGUCAUGACUUCUUUGCCACUGUUAAGUUACUCGUUGAUAACGGAGCCGACAUCGAGGUUAGAGAUCUGUUCGGACGGACGCUGCUUUGCCGUGCUGCUCACAGGGGAAAUGCAGCUGCUCUAGCCUACCUACUUCGGAAGGGCGCCAAUAUUGAGCAAACCGACAACCUCGGCGAUACGCCACUCGCCCAUGCUACAAUCCAUUGCAAUAAAGAAUGCAUGAAACAGUUGAUUUCGAAAGGGGCCAAUGUUGCCGUAGUAGAUAUAAGCGGACAGACACUGCUCUUCAAAGCGGCACAAAGUUUAACGGAGUACGAAGCCAAAAUGCAUUUAUUACUUGCUCAGGAUGUGGAUGUUCAGAAGAUUGACGAUGAUGGCUACACAGCACUGACAUGGUCAUUGAAAAAGGGAUGCGCCACGAAAGCAAUUGUGCAGGUCCUGAAAGAACAUGGCAAUAAAAUCGACCAAAUCGACCAUUUGGGAACAACACCAUUGAUGCUGGCUUUGAACUGCCACUUAUCGAUCUUCAAGCAACUGAUAGAUAUGGGCGCCGAGAUUGACUCGGUUGAUAAUAAAGGACAGAGCGCGUUGUUGCGAGCCGUUAAGUUGAAGGCAGAGGAUCAAGCACGCCUUUUAAUAGAGAACGGCGCCUACACCGAUGUCUUUGACACACUCACUAAACGUACAGCUUUGUCAUACGCUGUUACUUCUCGACGUGAUGACAUAUUCUAUGUCAGAGAAGGUCAUCCAGUGGAGGGUCUAAAGUUAGCAGCUCAUCGGAAUCGCUUGCAUCCUGGCAUAGCAGAAGCGCUUCUCAUUGGCGGUGCGGCGGUUGAUGUCACUGAUGUGACUGGUAGGACGCCGUUAUCAUAUGCAGCAGACAAUAGCUUUCCGAGCGCCGAUUUCAUCCGGCUACUGCUUGACCAUGGAGCAGAUGUUAAUAGAGCAGACAAUAGUGGUAGGACCCCACUGUUCUAUGCUGCUUCGUGCGAUGACUUACAAGCUGUGGAUUGUGUGCAACUGCUUGUGGAUCGAGGAGCAAUUCCUGGUAUAGUUGAUCGGACUGGAAAUCCUGCUCUCUCAUAUGCUGCUACUAGCGCUGUUAGGGCCUUACUAUCCAGUUUUCUAUAG